CAAAAUGUCUCGCGCCAAGUCCUCGUGGAAAAAGGUUCUUCUUAUUGGUGAUUCUCUAACACAGUUUGGUUUUUCAAAAGAUGGCUGUUACGCGUCUCUGCUGGCCGACUACCUUCAAAGAAAAUGUGACGUCAUAAGUCGAGGAUUUUCAGGAUACAAUUCUAAAUGGUGUAAAAUCAUUUUACCAGACAUCUUGAAAGAAUUUAAUCCAGAGGACAUUGCCUUAGCAACAAUUUUUCUUGGAGCCAAUGACUCCAACCUUCCGGAGAACAAAAGACAACAUGUUCCCUUAGCGGAUUACAAACAGGAUCUAAAGGAUAUGGUUGAUAUGAUGAUGAAAAUAGGAAUUCCGAAAGAAAGAAUUGUUUUGAUAUCACCACCUGCAUGUGAUGAAAAGGCAUGGAAGAAAUACUGCUUGGAAAAUAACAAAGAUUUUACCAAAUGUAAUCUUACAACGGGAAAGUAUGCUGACGCCUGCUUAGAUGCCGCUAAGGAGUGUGGCACCAAAUCGGUGGAUUUAUAUGGAAACAUGAUGAAACGUGAUGAUUGGCAGGAUGCACUCUGUGAUGGACUCCAUUUGUCAGCGGUAGGGUCCCUCCUGUUGUUUAAGCUUCUGAAGCUUGCUGUGGACCAAACGACGUCUGACCUUCCUUUAGUUUUCCCAAACUUUAAUGAUGUGGAUAUUGAGGAUCUACAUGGUUGUUUAAAACCUUUUCCUCAGUGAUGGAGUUAUUUGCAUCAGCAUGCAAGUUAUAAGGGAACUUUAAUAAAGGAAUAUGUCGAAUUGUAAAUCCACAAAUUUAUGUGUUGGAUAAAAAUCAAAAUGAUAAAUUUACUUCAAUGUU